UUGGCUGGGCUCUCAGAGAAGCCAGAACUCCAGAUGCCCCUCUUUAUUCUCUUCAUGGGAAUCUAUGUGGUCACUGUAGCAGGCAAUUUGGGCAUGAUCACAUUAAUUGUGCUAAGUUCCCAACUUCACAACCCCAUGUACUAUUUCCUCAGCAGUCUUUCUUUCAUUGACUGCUGUCAGUCCACAGUUGUUACCCCUAAAAUGCUGAUGAGCUUUAUGACAGAGAAGAACCUGAUCUCCUAUCCUGCAUGCAUGACUCAGCUCUAUUUCUUCAUCAUUUUUGGCAGUGCAGAGUGUUGCACAUUAGCCGCAAUGGCAUAUGACCGCUAUGUUGCCAUCUGUAACCCCCUCCUUUACAGUGUCACCAUGUCCUAUCAGAUUUACAGUUCCUUGAUUGCAGGAGUGUAUAUUUUUAGUGUGCUCAGUGCAUCAGUUCACAUAGGCUUCCUCAUAAGAGUUCAGUUCUGCAAAUUAGAUGUGAUCAAUCACUAUUUCUGUGAUAUUCUUCCCCUCUUAAAGCUUGCACACUCUAAUACCUAUAUCAAUGAAUUGCUGAUUCUAAUUUUGGGUUCAUUGAACAUCUGUGUCCCAAUCCUCACCAUUAUUACUUCCUACAUCUCCAUCAUUGCCAGCAUCCUCCGCAUUCAUUCCUCAGAAGGCAGGACCAAAGCCUUCAGUACUUGCAGUUCCCACAUC